CUUCUCCAACCCGUCAGCUGGGAGGCCUCUGCAUAAUGGCUCCGUAUUGUGGAGUGGAGCCCUCACUAUUGAAGUGAAAGGCAAUGGGUGGGGUCCGCUGGAUGGAGUUGCUGCUGCCUCAGCACCGCUUGAAAGCCAGGGCUGUGCUCAGAGGCAGGCGCAUAAAUAGCCCUGCCUGCUUCCUCUGCCUGCCUGCCUGUCAAGAGUUUCCAACAGCAUCUGGGAAAGGAGGGUUUGAUUGCAGACACCAUGACUGAACAACAGACCCCAAUGGAGGAGAUGGCUGCUGCGGAGAGCCCAGAGGAAAUGGGGCCAAAUUACAAGGUCACCCUCUACGAGAUGGAGAAUUUCCAGGGCAGGAAAUGUGAGCUCACGGACGAGAACCCCAACGUGACGGAGAAGGAGUUGGGCAAAGUGGGCUCCAUCCAGGUGGAGGCUGGCCCGUGGCUCGGGUUUGAGCGUCAGGCAUUCAGUGGGGAGCAGUUUGUGUUGGAGAAGGGCGACUACCCUCGCUGGGACUCCUGGUCCAACAGCCACUGCAGCGACAACCUCCUCUCCAUCCGCCCCCUGCUGAUCGACAGUGCGGACCACAAGAUCCACCUCUUUGAAAACACCAGCUAUGGGGGCAGGAAGAUGGAGAUUGUGGAGGACGACGUCCCCAGCUUGUGGGCUCAUGGCUUCCAGGACCGCGUGGCCAGCAUUAAGGCCCUGAAUGGAAUAUGGGUGGGGUAUGAGUUUCCUGGGUACCGUGGGCGCCAGUAUGUCUUUGAGAAGGGUGAGUACUGCCACUGGAAUGAGUGGGAUGCCAGCCAACCUUUGAUCCAGUCAGUGCGGCGCGUCCGGGACCAGCAAUGGCACAAAAGAGGCUGCUUUGAGGAGAGCUAAAGUGAUAGCGAAUCACAUUCAUCAAGGAGAAGAAACAGAAAUGAGACCCCCUCCCUGAAGUGCUGGCCAAAGGCUGUGUUUUGCUGUCUAAAUAAAGUUUUGAGCCUCCAAGGCUUCUGCUCUU